AUGAUCAGGAGGAAGUUCAAAGGGAGUAUUUUUAUGUUGUUAAUGAUCGAUCUUCUUAGUAACGAAACUUUCUUGUUCCAUAGCUCUUGGAUAAGCACAAGAAUACAGAGAGCAUGGUUGAGCUUCUGGACUUGUAUCAGAUGGAGGAUGAAGCCUAUAGCAGCCUGGCAGAAGCCACAACAGAACUCUAUCAGUAUUUACUCCAGCCAUUCCGAGACAUGAGAGAACUCGCCAUGCUACGGAGACAACAGAUCAAGAUUUCCAUGGAGAAUGAUUAUCUGGGACCCCGAAGAAUUGAGAGUCUACAAAAAGAAGAUGCUGAUUGGCAGCGAAAGGCUCAUAUGGCUGUACUAUCUAUUCAAGAUCUUACUGUCAAAUAUUUUGAAAUAACAGCUAAAGCUCAAAAAGCUGUAUAUGAUCGAAUGCGAGCAGAUCAGAAGAAAUUUGGUAAAGCAUCAUGGGCAGCAGCUGCUGAACGUAUGGAAAAACUCCAGUAUGCAGUCUCUAAGGAGACUUUGCAGAUGAUGAGAGCUAAAGAGAUCUGCUUGGAACAAAGGAAACAUGCACUAAAAGAAGAGAUGCAGAGUUUGCAGGGUGGUACAGAAGCAAUAGCCCGAUUAGAUCAAUUAGAAGCUGAUUAUUAUGAUCUGCAACUUCAGUUAUAUGAAGUACAGUUUGAAAUCUUGAAGUGUGAAGAGUUACUAUUGACAGCACAACUAGAAAGCAUCAAAAGAUUGAUAUCAGAGAAGAGAGAUGAAGUGGUGUAUUAUGACACUUACGAAAGCAUGGAGGCCAUGCUGGAGAAGGAAGAGAUGGCAGCAUCUGUAUACUUACAGAGGGAAGAGCUACAGAAACUUCAGCAGAAAGCACGCCAGCUGGAAGCAAGACGUGGACGGGUUUCAGCCAAGAAAUCCUACCUCAGAAAUAAAAAGGAAAUAUGCAUUGCAAAACACAAUGAAAAAUUCCAGCAGCGCACUCGGAGUGAAGAUGAAUAUAGAGCCCAUCACACAGUACAGCUAAAGAGAGAAAAAUUACAUGAUGAAGAAGAAAGAAAAAGUGCCUGGGUUAGUCAAGAGAGACAGAAAACGCUAGAUCGACUUCGAACAUUUAAACAGAGGUAUCCUGGGCAGGUCAUACUUAAGUCAACCAGAUUACGACUAGCUCAUGCAAGAAGAAAAAGUGCAGCAAGUCCUGUUCCCCAAGAGGAUCAGUGUGACUCUCUCCCAGGAGUGUUACAGGUGGAAGAGAAAACUGAAGAGGUGGGAGAAAGAAGAGGCAAGCUGGGGCCAUCACAGACAGCAGAACCUCAGAGCCUUGCACAACUUGAAGACACUGCAUUAGCACAACCUGAAGCCAUUUCAUUACCUCUCAUUGGUGUUACCUCUGAACUGCCUGCCCCAGUCUCUCUUCCGCUUCUCAAUAAUAAUGACCUUGAACUCUGUUCUGUCAUCGAAGAUCCACUCCCACCACCUCUUCCUCCAACACCACCCCCUCCCCCACCUCCACCUCCUCCACCGCCACCACCACCUCUGCCUGUUGCUAAGGACAGUGCCCCAGAGACACUGGAGAAAGAUAUGCCUAGAAAGGAGGGGAAUGAGAAGAGGAUCCCCAAGUCUGCCAGUGCCCCCUCGGCACACCUCUUUGACAGUAGCCAGCUUGUCAGUGCACGGAAGAAGCUCAGAAAGACUGCUGAAGGUUUGCAAAGGAGGAGAGUGAGCUCCCCCAUGGAUGAGGUGCUGGCUUCCUUGAAGCGUGGUAGCUUUCACCUGAAAAAGGUAGAACAACGAACUCUGCCUCCUUUUCCUGAUGAAGAUGAUAGUAAUAAUAUCUUGGCACAAAUAAGGAAAGGGGUCAAAUUGAAGAAGGUGCAGAAGGAUGUGUUGAGAGAAUCCUUCACACUUCUACCCGAUACAGACCCUCUGACACGGAGCAUCCAUGAAGCUCUUAGAAGAAUUAAAGAAGCGUCCCCUGAGUCCGAGGAUGAAGAGGAGGCUUUACCUUGCACAGACUGGGAGAACUAACAAGCAAUAUAACAGAAAGAAGAAAAAUACAGUUGAAGAUUGGUUCUGAUUCUUUUGGAAAACAGCAGUUUAAGUGCUGGGUUCCAGAGUUGGAUUCCAUUAGACCAAAGUGUGUUGGCUCAGCAGUGGGAAAAGAGGAGUCAUAUAAGUGGCAGGUCAUCACCUCCCAGUCAUGCCAGUGAUGGAGGUUGACAUGAGCUGCAGAUAUGCAGUGUCCUGACUGCAGUGAAGAACAGCCUUCUGGUGAUUUCUGUCUUUAUGCACUUUCUCCUCCCAUUCCCCCAUGUACCUCCUUGGUUGUGGCCAGUGAAACUUGGGUGGCUGUGAAUCAGAACAUUGGGUUGGCAGAGACCUGCUGUGAGCUGUAUUGCGACUGCGUUGAGAGCCAUCUUUCAGUGCGCUGAAAAGGCAUCUGAAAAGCAGCUUCUUUCACAUCUGCUUAGAUAAAUAGUGCAAACACUCUGAAAAAGAAGUGUAUGAUGAUAGCUAUAGGUCAGGAAUUAAAGUCAGAUGGAAAUACACUUAAAAUUUCCAUAUUACUCAUGUCCAAAGGAAUUUUCAUAAAGAUGUCCAGCAACAUCUAAAAAACUACAUAACAAUGGAGAUGCAUCUAUUAAUGUAUUUAGCACAUGAUACAUUUAACAUGAUGUAUUUUUAGAAAGCCAGUCUUACACUUUGUAAGGUUUUGAAGUUAAAAUUUCCAUGCUUUUAAAUUGCUCUUCAUAAUUCUGAAUUUAUAAUAGUUUGAAUUUUAUGUGCAUCCUUGUUUAUGAAAAGCAAUACUUUGUAAUUUGAUAAUAUUUCAAAUUGUUUUCUUUUGUUUGAACUAUUGUUUGAUUACUAUGACUCACAUGACUUUCCUAUUGAGAAUCAGAAAUCAAGAUUCAGUAAUAGGGAUACAGAUCUUAAAUCUUCUUGGCUGCCAUUUCACUCUCUUCAGAUGCUUUGGAUGUAAUUUUGGGAGAGAGCCUUUGUUAUUGUCACUAAAAGUGGAAAGUUGCAUAUGUAUCUCUUGGUGCUGAUUUUUGCUGUGAUGGGGUCCAAAAGGAUCCAUUUAUGUGGAUGGGGCCAUUGAGGGUGAAAGCAGGACUGGUGGGGACUGGAAUGUAGAUGUGGUGGGCCCGGUUCACAGUACUGUGUAAAUGUUGUUCUGCACGAGACACAUCGUGGCUCUUCUGUGGAGGAAGUUAAGAACUGAAAUACCAAAAAGGUCUUCAUAUCUUAUAAGGCAGUUCUUGUGACCUAACCCUGGAAAGCAGUACUGGAACAAAGGCCCUUUAAUGUAUAUGAAUUGGUAUUCCUGGAAAAGAAAUGCUCACAUCUUAUCAUUCUAAAAUAUUAUUUUCUUUAAAAUAAUUAUGGUGAAAAUCCUCUGACUACAGGUUAUGUAUAUAAAAAAAUUUUUUCUUUAAAUGUUGAUAACAUGUUCGUUGACGAUACUAGGAGCUUCAUGCAGCAUUUUCAUAAAACAUUGGUUUUAGUCCCAGCACUGUUCAUAGAACUUGCCUGGAAAGAUUAGAAACACAAAUCUAAUAUAGAAACUUCAUCCCGGGGGCAGGACGGUUGUCCUAUAUACCUUCAGUAAAGUAUUAAAACUUUUUUUUUAACCUAAGGAGUGAUUGGUUAGGUUGUUAAUAUAUUUGAAAUAUUUUAAAGCCUUUUAAAGAAUCAUAAUUUUAUGCCAUCUGAUUAUUAUGUAUUCAGGUUUUUGGGUGAUUGCUCAUAACCUAAGUUUUUUCAUUUAUUCAAAUUUAGAAACAUACAGAAAGAUAUAGUUAAAUUAACCAGAAACCCUGGAGCCUCCAUAUGUUGUAAGGGAAUUGUUGCUACGCUGUGUUACAGCUAAGGUUCUAUUCCAAGCAGACACACUUAUACAUGGAUCCUGCUCCCCGCUUCCUGCCCAGAGUGCGGGAAAUCUUUAGCUGAUGGUGGAGUGCAUGCAGAACUCGGUUGGCCCUCAUGCUGGUUCUUCUGUGACUCUUAGCACCACCAUGGUUCCCACGAGCAUCACCUCAUACCUGGGAUCAGGAGGGGCUGGGGCCUGGGUAACUAGCUGUGCUCGCUCGGCAUUCCCUGCCUCGGGGUCCAGGCUCCUACUUCUACCAAGUCAUACAGGAUGACAGGCCACAAGCCUUUGCAGAGAUUCACAGAUAAUACUAAAAUUUCAAGUAACUGGGGUCUACCAUCAAGAUGAGAUUACCAGUUGAGCCCACAUGUUAAUUUUAAAGCCAUCUCAAGCCCAACAAAAGUUAUGUAAGCAUGGUUAACCCCACUCCUCCUUUUUGUCCCUAAUAAAAUUAGAAUCUUUGGCCUUAA